AGAACAGAUGCACUGCUCCAGUACAUUCUGCUUUACAGACGACAGAAUGAAUAACACAGCUUGUCCUCGUAUCAGCUUUGACUUCACCAGCAGAUUUCUGCUUCCUGUUUACAUCUUAGUGUUCAUCAUUGGUCUUGUGGCUAAUGGAUGGGGACUGAAGACUUUGCUGCGAAACUGGACAAAACUCAAGAUCAUCAACGUGUUUGUUUUCAACCUUGGACUUACAGAUGUUUUGUACCUGCUCACUCUUCCAUUUCUUGUGAUGUACCACUUUAUGGACAAUACCUGGAUCUUUGGAGACACAUUCUGCAAGAUAACAAGAUUCUGCUUCAACCUGAAUUUAUACGGCAGCAUCGGGUUUCUUACUUGUAUCAGUGUGUACAGGUACUUGGCCGUCGUCCAUCCCAUGAAGGUGAUGGGACGACUGACUGUCGCACACUCUGUGGUUAUUUCAGUCCUGGUUUGGCUGUUGGUGAGUGUUCAAAGUCUUCCAGACAUGUUCUUCACCAAAACAUAUAGAAACAAACCUGGGAAAUGUUAUGAAACCACCUCCACGUUCUAUGUUGAGGAUUAUCUGAAAUACAGUCUUGGGUGGACAUUGACUGGGUUUUGUAUCCCACUCCUCAUCACACUGGGCUGUUAUGGACAUGUGAUUGUGACUCUGGGAUGUAAAAAAAGAAAUAACAAGGCAUUGAAAUGGAAAAGCUUGAGGUUGUUGUUCAUCUUGGUUGUUCUCUUCUCUGUUUGCUACAUCCCCUAUCAUGUACUGAAGAACCUCAACCUCUGGUCUAGAGUUUUAUCUAAAAGAAGGACAUGUCGUGGAUGGUUUAACGGAGUCUACAUCGCUCAUCAGAUAAGUCGUGGCCUCGUGAGUCUGAACAGUGCUCUGAACCCUCUGGUUUACCUUCAUGGAAGUGAAGAUGUUCCUGCUCAGCUCAGAAAACUACUUAGAGAUUUUUGUCAGAUGAUAAAUUUGAGGGUUUCACCAAAAUCUGGCCCUGCCCCUGCAGCAAAAGUCACAGAAGAAGUUUGACCUAAGAGAAACAUUUUUAAAUGAACAUAUCUGAAGAUGUCGAAUAAUCCAUUUUGUCAGUUGACGUUGGUAUUAUUUUUUCAAAAUCCAUUUGUUAUUAUUAGUUUUGUUGUGAAACUGUGAAACACAGUG